AUGAACGCGAGCGCCUCCUCGCUCAACGAGUCCCAGGUGGUGGCGGUGACGGCCGAGGGGGCGGCGGCGGCGGCCACGGCGGCAGGGGCGCGGGACGGCGGCGACUGGGGGCCCCCGGCUGCGGCGGCGCUGGGGGGCGGCGGCGCGGCUAACGCGUCCCUGGAGCUGUCUUCCCAGCUGCCGGCCGGGCCGCCGGGGCUGCUGCUGUCGGCGGUGAAUCCCUGGGACGUGCUGCUGUGCGUGUCGGGGACCGUGAUCGCAGGCGAAAACGCGCUGGUGGUGGCGCUAAUCGCGUCCACGCCGGCGCUGCGCACGCCCAUGUUCGUGCUGGUGGGCAGCCUGGCCACCGCGGACCUGCUGGCGGGCUGCGGCCUCAUCCUGCACUUCGUGUUCCAGUACGUGGUGCCCUCCGAGACCGUGAGCCUGCUCACCGUGGGCUUCCUCGUGGCCUCCUUCGCCGCCUCGGUCAGCAGCCUGCUGGCCAUCACGGUGGACCGCUACCUGUCUCUCUACAACGCGCUCACCUACUACUCGCGCCGGACCCUGCUGGGCGUGCACCUGCUGCUCGCCGCCACCUGGACCGUGUCCCUGGGCCUCGGGCUGCUGCUGCUGGGCUGGAACUGCCUGGCGGAGCGCGCCACCUGCAGCGUGGUGCGCCCGCUGACGCGCAGCCACGUGGCGCUGCUGUCCGCCGCGUUCUUCGCGGUCUUCGGCGUCAUGCUGCACCUGUACGUGCGCAUCUGCCAGGUGGUCUGGCGCCACGCGCACCAGAUCGCGCUGCAGCAGCACUGCCUGGCGCCGCCGCACCUCGCGGCCACCAGAAAGGGGGUGGGGACCCUGGCCGUGGUGCUGGGCACUUUCGGCGCCAGCUGGCUGCCCUUCGCCAUCUACUGCGUGGUGGGCAGCCGCGAGGACCCGGCAGUCUACACCUACGCCACCCUGCUGCCCGCCACCUACAACUCCAUGAUCAAUCCUAUCAUCUAUGCCUUCCGCAACCAGGAGAUCCAGCGUGCCCUGUGGCUCCUGUUCUGUGGCUGUUUCCAGUCCAAAGUGCCCUUCCGUUCUAGGUCCCCCAGCGAGGUCUGA